GAGCAUCUGUCGUAUGAGGAAAGGCUGAGUAACCUGGGUCUGUUCAGCCUGAGCGGAGAUCAGUGUUUAUCAGGGAGGUGAAAGGCAAAUGGGUGAGGCAGGCUCUUCUCAGCACUGUGUAGCAAUGGGACAAGGAGGUGUUUUAGGUGAUGGCCUAAAACUUGAAUGUAGGAAGUUCCAUGCAAACAUGCAAAAGAACUUCUUUACGGUGAGGGUGAUGGAGUACUGGAACAGUGCCCAGAGAGGUGCUGGAGACUCCUUUUAUGGAGGUCUUCAAGACCUGCCUGGACACCGACUUGUGUGACCUGCAAAGGGGUUGGACUCGAUGAUCUCUUGAGGUUCCUUCCAACCCCUGUAAUUCUGUGAUGCUGUUGGAGCUGGGGGGUGCCUGUGAGGUAGGCUUCAGAGACCCCUUGGUGAUGAGCAUUCCAUGGGACCCAUCCUGCUCACAUCUGGGACUCCCCUGUUGGAGUGAGAUUUGGAAAACAUUCAUCUUCACAGUUCCUGGUCUUAAGGAGCAGUGUCUUCUUCACCCUGCCCAUAGAUCUCUCUCCACUGUACACAGUCAGCAUUCCUGUGCUCCAUUUGGCUCUGCACAUCUUUGUGCCCAGCAAUGACCAGCUGCACCUCACCUACCAGGAGUCACUGACAUUCAAGCAUCUAAUCUAACCUGGACAUUUAAGGUCUUCUCCCCAACAGUAGGGAACGUGCUUAAGCAGGGGGUUGGACUUUACGAUCCCCAGGAGUCCCUUCCAAACCCUACAAUUCUGUGACUCUGAGUCUCACGGGACAUGGAUGAGGCAGGCAUCUCCAGGAGCCCACGGCUGGCAGCCCCACAUUGUGCUGCUGGGUCAGUGGGGGCUGUGCAGAUCUGGGAUGGAAGCAGAAGAGACCUCAGCCCCCUUUUUCCUAAGCUCAGUGUUCAUCAUGUGUGCAACUCCUGCUAGGAUGCACUGUCAUCUCUAAGCAGCUCAUGCAGGUUAGGUAACACAGCCCUGCUGACAAAUGCAGGGACCUCCAAAGCGGAACUUCUUACUAAAGGAAGAUGCAGGAGAGAAGCAAAAAUAGAUAUGGCGAUUGUUUCAUAUCCUGUGCCACUGGGGAGGCUGUGGCCACCGCAUUGUUCCAUCAUGCGACCGUGCUGCGAUCAGCUCCUUCUCAGGGGGAAAUUCCACCGUUCUACGCAAGCAGCUGCCCGGAGCCACGCACCCUAUAAAUUGGGCAGUUGCUGAAUGUCUCAGCAUCACAGAGAAGAGAGACCUCCGAGCUCCACUUGCACUCUCCAGCUCCUGCCACCACUCCCAUCUGACAUGAAGGUCUCUGUGGCUGCCCUUGCCGUCCUCCUCAUCGCCAUCUGCUACCAGACCUCUGCUGCACCAGUGGGUUCCGACCCGCCGACCUCCUGCUGCUUCACCUACAUCUCCCGGCAGAUUCCCUUCAACUUUGUGGCAGACUACUACGAGACCAACAGCCAGUGCCCUCGUGCUGGUGUUGUGUUCAUCACCAAGAAGGGCCGCGAGGUCUGCGCCAACCCUGAGAACGACUGGGUGCAGGACUACAUGAACAAGCUGGAACUGAACUGAUGCGCCAGGAUGGGAUGAGCAAGCAAUGGCCAGUUGCAGGCCCUGCCAGAAAUGCAACCGUGACAUUGAGAGCUGCCCAAGAGACUGAAAAUGUCCCCGAAUCUGCUUUACUAUUAAUUGUUCAUAAUGGAAGGGAGCAGGUGAAAUAAUACCACUCCAAUCAAAUUGGAAGAUUAUUUAACAGAUAUAUAUAUUUUUUUAAAUUAAGAGUUAUGUUUGGAUUACGUUUUCUGUAUUUAAUGAAUUGUAUUUUUGAUAUAAUAUUUAAUUCA